AAACGCGUUCGCUUGGCCAGCGCGCUCGUCACUCCGCUGCCGCCCCCCCUCCGCCCCCUCGCUCGCACUCUCUUCUCGCCUUUCGAGUGUGUGUGCGUGCGCCUACGUGUGUGCGAGUGUGUGUGUGUGUUUGUGUGUUAACAAAAUGUGAUUAGCAAAAAUACAAAGAAAUCAGGCAUUGUGGAACAAGGCAUUGUGGCUGAAACAACAGUCAACGGUAACGGCAGCGCACAUAAAUAAAAAAUAGUAAUAAUAAAAAACCGAAAAACAAAUCUUUAAAGAUAUACACGAAAUGCGAAAAUUUGCAUAAAAAGCAAUGCGCUGGCGCGGCAACAAAGCACGGCCGUAAAAAAUAAAUAACGCCAACGACAAUUCUGAAUUUUGUGCUUUAUCGGCAACAGCAGCAACAAUUAAAUUAAUAUUGAACUACACCCAAAGUUAACAAAAGUAGCAGCCAUAAAAAAAAAAUACAACACAAGAGCAGCAACAGCAACAACCAUAAACGUUGUCUACCUUUUUUUUACCUUUUCAAGUGUUUUUUGUUUUUGUUGCUGCUGCAAGAGAGAUAUAGAUAGAGAGAUCCGGAGAGCAGGAACCGCAGACAAAGAGAGCGCCAGAUCGGGCUUAACUCCGACUUCCAUUUCCACUCCGACUUCGACCAGUUCCAGUUACCCGAAGUGAUACUGAUAUGACCAGCUGUCUGCCAGCAGCCGCAGAUGCAAUCCGUUGCCACAGAUGAUGAGCAUUGAACAAUCCUGAUUGGGAGAAUCCUACACGAUGCACGAACUCUUUAACAAAGUGCUCGCCAAGCGCGAUCUCUCCCGAGCCGGAGAUCUCUUCUCCGUGCCGGAUGCAGAUAUUGUCGACGACAUCACGGAGGUGCUCUCCGAGAUUAGUCCCAUCAUCUCGCAUGCGGACUAUGUGAAGAACAACAAUGAUCAGAGUGUGGUGGAAAUCUGUGUAACGAGGGUGCUGUCCUGCAUCCGGGAAACGCGGACUGCGGAGCGGUAUUGUGCUGCUCUGGUGGAUCUCCUGAAGACCUGCCUGCUGUGGAACCUCCAACCCUCGGGAACCACAAAAGAAGAGCCACCCCAUGCCAAGAUUGCCGCCGAUAUUAUUUCUAGCAUUUUUCUGAACUACGACAAAAAAGAACUGAUGAAAAUAGCCCUUCCCGUCGCCGUGCAGUUUUUGCCGAAAGGAAACCGUGAGCUGUCUAGAAACCUGGCCAGCUACUUGUCCCUGGCGGCCAUCGAUCACGCCUUCCUGCUGAGUCCCCACACGGAUUCCGUCAUGGAGUCCAUCCUGUCUGGGAAUUAUGGUCUACUCCGCGUGCUCUCCCAGGUUUACGAGGUGGCUCCGGAAGAGGUGACGCCACAUGCCCCACUUUUGAUACCCCUGCUGCCGCAGUGUGAUUCCCAGGAGCGGAUGGCGGUCUUCCAGUUGUACCUGCUGAUUGUGCAGAAGUCACCCGAGGUCCUGGAGUCGUGCGUUCCACAGCUCUGUGGCUUUCUGCUGGACAGCGACACCUCCAGCAUCACCAUGCAGAUCCUGCUGAAGCUGUCGCAGCACUCGCCCAAUCUGCUCGUCGAUCACUUUGAGCAGUUGCGUCUGGCGGCCAAGACGAAUCCCGGAACGAUUCCGCUCUGCGCCCAGAUCAUGACUACCGCGGGAAUUGGCAGCAAGGAGACGGCCCAGCAGGCUCUGGACUUUGUCCUCGAGCACCUGCCCACCCAGGCACUCCUGCAGCAGGAGGCCACUCGCCUGUGCUCCGCCUAUCCGGUUCUGUUCACCGACAAGGUCCUGGCCUGUGUGCGACAGAAGAACGCCGCCCUGAGCUCGCAGCAGGAUGUGGGCAAUGGCCUGGGCAACAAGACCUCCGGUGGCGUCACCAUUGUCAGCCUGAACAGCUCCAGUCCCAGUCCGCCGCUGAAGCCAGCUCCCAUUGUUGCGCCCUCCGUCAACACGACGAUCAACCAGCCGGCCAUCGUGACCAGUGCCACGCCCACAGCUCCUCCCGCCUCUGCCUCUGCGCCCAUUGCCACCUCCACGCCCACGGCCGCUGCCACGCCCACCCAGCAGCAUGCCGGCUACACGCGGCGGGUGAAACUGGGAGAUUCUAGGAGCACGGGUCGCCUGCAUCCCGCCAGCAACACGCACCGGAGUGUGACCCGGUUGAAUGUGGCCAGCGGAUCGGUGGGUGGACUCCACAAGAGCAUGACGCGGCUGAGCAACUCGCAGAUUAACCAGCAGCCCGGUGGCAGCUCCAACGGCAAUGUGGUGGUGCAAUCGGGAGGGGCCACCCCAAAGACACCGACUGCGUUCAGCAAUCCGCCCGUGACACCAGUGCCGCCGCUGAGUAAUAAUGUAGUGAUCACGGGACACAAUCGACACGGCAUUCCUGUGACUUCCGGCGGCGUGACAGUCACCACUUCGCCCUCGAAGGUGCGACCGCACUCCCAAGGACCCUCCACGCUGCUCAACUCGAGCACGGUGCUGAUGAAGUACAGCACGGACGCACUGAAUCAGUCGGUGGGCUCGAUCUCCAUACCGCAGGCUCCUUCGACGGCGGCCAGUUUGCAACCGCAGACGCAGGCGCAGACGCAGAAUGCGGUUUCCGUGCACCAUGCCUCGCCGGCGCUGCCACAAUCCGUUAGUAAUGGCAAUGCCAAGUCGGUGAUGAAGCUGCCGGUCAACGGAAAUAGCGAAGUGAUUGUUUCGGGACCCACCACCAAUGUGGCACCUCGACGUAGCGAUAAUACCAGCAGGACCCUACUAAAUGCCAACAGUGUGAUGGACCAGCGGAUGAGCACCUUCGAGCCAUACCAGAUAAUGCGAGAUCCCGUCCAGCAGUUCUGCGAGAAGAACUUCAAUUCGAUUAAGUCCUAUAUGGAUGAGGUUUCGCAGCAUUUGCCGCCGCCCACGCGCUGCAGCAUCGAGGUUUCCAAUGAAUUCGCAGAGCGUCGGACCAAAAAGGUGGCCAAACUGCACUUUGCCUGCCAGAUACGCGGACCCCAUUGCCUCUACUCCAAAACUUGCUUCACGAUGCGAACUCGGAAUCCCAAGACCUGGAUACAUAUGAUGUUCCUGGACUUUCAAGUGCGCCAUUUUGUGAAGGAGAAGUGCGUGCUGAGCACGCGUGAGUCCGGCAUCAGUAAUCUCAAGAAUAUCUGGCAGAUACUCAAGUGCGAGAACCGCAGCUUCACCGAACUGGUCACCAGCCAGUUUCCUCAGGUCAAGGACCGCGAGAUCCUGGUGAACGAGCUGCGUCACUCGGGCUUCCUGGACGUGUUCGAGGUCUCCAAGACGGACAAGUCCAACCCGAACUGCAACGAGUUGGAGUACCAGUGGGGCUGCUUCCUGUGCAAUCAUCCGGACAAGGCUGUGGGCUUCCUCAAUGGCAGCAAUCAGCCCAUGAUAGAGGGUCAGCUGAAGGAGAAGAAGGGCAAGUGGCGACUUUUCAGACGCUGGCGAACGCGCUACUUUACACUUUCCGGAGCGCAUUUGUCCUGCAAGGGAUCUAGCGGUGGUGAGAGCAUCGAUGUGAACCAGAUCCGAUCUGUGAAGGUGUCGCGGGGUGCCCGCAACAUACCCAAGGCCUUCGAGAUCUUCACCGCCGACCAGACGUUAAUACUCAAGCCGAAGGACGGCAAGAAUGCCGAGGAGUGGGUGCAGUGCCUCAGCAUCGUGGUUGCCCACUCGCAGGCCCGCGACAAUCCCACGGCCAAAACGAAUAGCUUGCCGGCCCGCAGCAUGGGCAGCAGCAAGCCCUCCUUCUAGGAUUCUAGGAUGCAAGGAUGCCAUCCCAACCAUCCAACCAACCAACCAACCAACCCCAAUGUGAGAUUAUUUGUAAAUGUAAAGACAGAGCAACGGCAACACACAAAAGACAAACAGACAAAGGAUCGGCGAU